AGAGAGAGAGAGAGAGAGAGAGAGAGGGAUACAAGCUAUAGUUCUCUACUUACAGAAUCUGGAUGUAACAUUUCAAUCCAAUGGUUUCUGCUCACGAGGAUCCUUCCUCCAAUCUCUAUUCCUUUCCUUCCUUCAAAGUCAAAAUAGAAACCCUAACAUCCCAAACGACCCCCCUCUCCGUCUCUCCGUUUCUGAUACGAGGUCGCACUGUAGCAGUAUUCAGAUCUCGGGUGGUUAACUGCAAUGGAAAAAUCCCAGACCCAGAAAGAAGAAAUUUCAUCUGGGCAAGCAGUUCUGCUCGGGGCUUUAGCUUCUGGUGUUAAUGUUCAAACAUGGGCUGUUCUCAAAAUCACGUUUUUGACGCUUGGAGUUUGCCUUAUUGCUAUGUUAGGUUUAGCCUUUUCGUCCAGUGAUUCCACCAUGAUCUUUCAUGUUCUCUUUCUGGUGCUUUUAGCUGGGGUGCUCUUCUUUCUCCUUAGCGGUUUUCUUGCAGAGACAGGUCUCGUAACCAUUGAACAACAAAUACAGGAAAUAGGUAUGGAGCCAAAAGAUCAAAAUGAGCAAAACAAGAAGAGAAGCUGAUGCUAAUGUUCUACAGUUGCAUAGACAUAACAUUUAAAACUAGAAGCAUCAAGAAAUAUCACAGAAAGCUGUUUAUGCCAUUUUAUAUCAGAUUAGAUGAGAAAGGAGCAUUGCUCAUGAGUACUACAAAAACAAAGAGGUAGAAGAAGAAGAAAAAUAAGAAAAAGAAGGAAGCAAUAAUGCUCAAAAACAGCUAAACAAGAACAAUUAUUUCUACAUGGUUUAAGGAAUCUUCAGAAAUCUGGCUUUGUUGCUCAUCCUGUCUUCCCUUCCUUCUCCUUUGGUUUUCCCUUUUUGGACUUCAUGAAGCAGAAACACGAGCAGCACGGCAACUGAAUCAAGAACUUCAUCGCCUUGGUUUUGGUUAUGCUGAAUGUUCAGAAAGCAAGCAUGUAUCGACAAGUGUAGCCUUGGUUUUUCUUCAAUUUUCAAAUUUUAUCACUCAAAUCAUUGGAUUCGAUUCUUAUCACUUUCAGAAAAGAAAAUGCCUAAUCUCUCCAGCUUUUCGAGGUAGGAGUGGUUGGGUCUUAAUUGAAUUAAUUAUGUUAUGUUUGCUUUUUCUUUUGUGGGUCACCUUGGUCACUAGCGGAAAAAGCUGACAAUUAAUGAAAAUCUCAGUGGGGGAAAGCAUUGGUUCUUU